UUGUAGUGCGGCAGCUUGUUUUGACUAUCAACAAUACACUAAGCACAUUCUUUUUUGUAGAGAAAAGAAGAAGAAAGAAACAGCCCUUUCUAAUUACUAUAUAAAUAUAAAUAUAUAUAUAACAUCGAUCACAUUUAUUAUUGAAUGAAGAAUGGAAAGGUGUAGAGAAAUGGGUAAUGAGGUGACAACACCACUGCUAGUGUUAAGGAAGAAGAGUGAAGAAGAGAGUGAUGAGAAGGUUAAUACAUUUAUGGAAGAAUUGAAUAAGGUGAGUUGGAUGGCAGCUCCAAUGGUGGCUGUUACUGUCUCUCAAUACCUUCUUCAAGUUGUUUCACUUAUGAUGGUUGGACAUCUUGGUAUUCUCGUUUCAUUCUCUGGUGUUGCCAUUGCCAUGUCUUUUGCUGAAGUUACUGGCUUCAGUGUCCUUUUAGGAAUGGCAGGUGCAAUGGAAACAUUAUGUGGGCAAACAUAUGGUGCAGAGGAAUUUGGAAAAUUAGGAAACUACACAUGCUGUGCAAUUUUAACUCUCAUUGCGGUUUGUUUCCCUAUAUCUCUUGUAUGGACGUUAACAGACAAAAUACUAAUAAUGUUCAGUCAAGAUACUGCGAUGUCUCAUGCAGCUCGUGAGUAUUGCAUAUACCUCAUUCCAGGUUUAUUUGGCUAUGCAAUUCUUCAAGCGUUGAUUCGUUACUUACAGACUCAGAGUAUGAUAUUUCCAAUGGUUUUUAGCUCAAUUACUUCUCUGCUUUUGCACAUUCCUAUUUGUUGGAUUCUUGUAUUUAAGUUUGGAUUAGGACACAUUGGAGCUGCAGUAGCUAUUGGAAUUUCAUAUUGGUUGAAUGUGGUUUGUCUUUGGAUUUAUAUUAAGUACUCACCAGCUUGUCAAAUAACAAAGAUUGUUUUUUCUACAAGUGCUUUACUUAGUCUCCCUGAGUUCCUCAAAUAUGCUAUUCCUUCUGGAUUCAUGUUUUGUUUUGAAUGGUGGUCCUUUGAACUGCUUACAUUACUUGCCGGGCUUUUACCAAAUCCGCAACUCGAAACCUCAGUUCUUUCUGUCUGCCUGAACACAACCACAUUGCACUACUUCAUUCCAUAUGCUGUUGGAGCUUCUGCAAGUACUCGAGUAUCAAAUGAAUUAGGAGCAGGGAAUCCAAAGACAGCUAAGGGAGCUGUUCGAGUUGUUGUGAUUAUUGGCAUUGCAGAAGCAAUUAUUGUCAGCACUUUCUUCCUUUGUUUCCGAAAUAUUUUAGGUUAUGCUUAUAGCAAUGAUCAACAAGUUGUUGAUUACAUCGCCGACAUGGUUCCCCUUCUUUGUGUUUCUGUUAGCGCCGAUAGUCUAAUCGGAGCACUCUCCGGGAUUGCUAGAGGAGGUGGAUUUCAACAAAUAGGGGCAUAUGUGAAUCUAGGAGCAUACUAUCUUGUGGGAAUACCUUUGGGUUUGUUAUUAGGAUUUCAUUUUCAACUAAAUGCAAAGGGACUGUGGAUGGGAACUCUAUCAGGAUCUGUUUCACAAGUCAUUAUACUAGCAAUUGUAACAGCAUUAACUGAUUGGCAGAAAGAGGCAACAAAAGCAAGGGAGAGGAUAGUUGAACAGACAAUUAAAACGAGUAACGCAUUGGUUGUAUGAUAAAUUAAUGAGUAACAAUGUAGCACUCAUGUGACUAUGCAGGAAUUUUUUUUUUCCUUUUCUUUUUCUCUUCAGUAGAAAGAGAUAGGUACAUAGAGGUUUUAAAAUAAUUAUAUUAUUUUAUUUUAUGUGUCUAUUUCUCCUCAAAUCAAGCUAUGAAAGUUUUAGAUUAUCUCCAUUACAACACUUUUAAAAUCAAAAUUACUACCCACCGUAUAAAUACAGUGGGUUCACUA